AUGUCUUCAUUUGAGGCCCAGGGCCAGUCUCCUCCUCGGUGUGGCCCACAGUUCCCUAGCCUGGGCCAGGAGCCCCCGGAGCUCAGCAUGUACAGCGACUGUUACUACCCUCCUCCUUCACUGCCAAGUCCUCAGCGCACCACUCCGACCUCCUACGACCUGAGCGACUACACCACGUCCUCCCCGAACCCUUACCUCUGGUUCAACGGCUCCGGCAUCAACACACCGCCAUAUCUGGCUACCACCGGCCCGCCCGGUAACCCCGGCCCUCCCUUUGUCCCUCAGCACUACGGCAUGCAGAGGCCCUACCUGGGUCCUGCUGGAGCCGGGGGUCCAGGAGGGGAGCUGAGCUGGUUCUCUCUCCCCUCACAAGAAGACCUAAUGAAGCUGGUCAGGCCACCAUACUCCUACUCGGCACUCAUCGCCAUGGCUAUCCACGGGGCACCAGACAGGAGGCUGACGUUGAGUCAGAUUUACCAGUACGUCGCUGACAACUUCCCUUUCUAUAACAAGAGUAAAGCAGGAUGGCAGAAUUCCAUCAGGCACAACCUGUCACUCAAUGACUGCUUCAAGAAAGUACCAAGAGAUGAGGAUGAUCCAGGCAAGGGCAACUACUGGACUCUUGACCCAAACUGCGAAAAGAUGUUUGACAACGGAAACUUCCGCCGCAAAAGGAAGAGAAAGUCUGACUCCCUGGCUGGUGGAGAUGGCGGCUCAGGGGCUCCAGAGUCCGGUGACAGCGAGAGGGGCAGCCCCAAACACUCAAAUACCCUCAACAUCUCCCCCACGCCGGACAGGAUCCCCUCCCCUUCAUCGUCAGGCCCCACACCUUGUCUCAGCAGCUUCUUAUCUGAGAUGUCUGGAGUGACAGCCGGAGCAGCUAAUGAGGUGGGAGCUGAUGGGCUGAGCAGGCCGCUGCACCUUCCUUUAGACGGGCCUCAUAGACCCACGCAACCUGGAAGCUUUAGUAGCUACUCCCCCAGCUCAGGUGGCUCAGAGUGGGUACCACAAGUGGCAGCUCCCUCUGUGCUCUCCUCUUCACCCACCCACUCUUCCCUAGGCUACACUAGCCCCAUCCUCAGCCAGUACAGUGGGUCAAGUGGCCAUUUCUACCCUAACCUGAGCUCGACAGGAAUCAUCUACCACCGUGAGGGCACAGAGGUUUAA